UAUGUGGGUGCCAGUAUUAAACACAACAAGAUUCAUUGCAGUUUCAGAAAGAUGAGGGGUCCCUAAUUCCCUUAAUAAAACAGAUCCAGGAGUAUAAAUUAUCUUUUGUAACUCUGUCUGAAUGUUUGGUUUUGUUCCUUCAUAAAUCAGGUGGGCAAAGAAACCCCAGAGUUCCUGUAAGAUACAGGGAGAGUUUUCAGAUGUUGUCUGCAGUGAGAGAAGUGUAACUGGGCAGUGCUGUAUAAUAUAAUGUUCAAGGAAAACCAGCAAUAAUCUUCCUCUACUCUGUGUAAGGGGGGGUCGAUAAAACCAGUCACAUUGGUCACAGGGAGAAAGAGACUUUCAGUUUCAUUUCUUGUUCCUGAUUUCAGUGAUGGCGACUGCUGAUCUGAGAGACGAGCUGAGCUGCUCCAUCUGCCUGAGCAUUUAUACUGAUCCUGUAUCCCUGCCGUGUGGCCAUAACUUCUGCCAGGUCUGUAUUGGGACAACAUGGGACACCCAGGAGGGAUCUGGGGCUUAUUCCUGCUUUGAAUGUAAAGCAGAGUAUCAGGAGCGCCCUGCCCUGCCCAGGAACAGAACUCUGGGUAACAUAGCAGAGAGAUUCCGUCCAACAGAGACAGAGCCGGGGGAGACUGGGAUCUUCUGCACCUACUGUGUCCUCUCUCCUGUACCUGCUGCUAAAUCCUGUCUCCUGUGUGAGGCUUCUCUGUGUGAUACCCACCUGAGGGGGCACAGCAAGUCAGCAGAACAUGUACUGACCCAACCCACCAACUCCUUUAUGGGGAGAAAAUGUUCUGUACAUCACAAGGUUCUGGAGUAUUUCUGCUGUGAGGAGUCUGUCUGUGUCUGUGUGUCCUGCUGUCUGGCCGGAGAGCACAGGGGCCACAGGGUGGAGCUGCUGAGUGAGGCCUCUGAGAAGAAGAAAGAGAAACUGAGGAAAGUUGUGGAGAAACUGAGGCCAGAGAGAGAGGAGACUGAGAGAGGAGCCCAGAGACUGCAGGAGCGCAGGAGAGAAGUGGCAGAAAAAGCAGCCGGUGAGACAGAGAGAGUCAUUGCCCUGUUUAGAGACAUCAGGGAACAACUGGAAGCCCUAGAGAAGCGACUCCUGAGUGACAUCUCCAGCCAGAAAGAGGAGCUUUCCCUCCAACUCUCUGAUCUGAUGGAGCAGCUGGAAAUAAAGAAGGACGAGCUGUCCAGGAAGAUCCGUCACAUUGAGGAGCUGUGCAACAUGGCAGAUCCACUCACUGUCCUACAGGAACGGGAAUCACAUGGAGCUGCAGAUAAUGAGGGGGGCAGAGAGAGACAUGAUAUAAAGGUCCCUGCUGUAGGGGAUCUGGAUAUGGAUCUGAUCUCAGAGACAUUACUCACAGGCUUAGCUGCCAUUGUGACUGGGGUAAAGGGAAGGAUCUAUGGGCAGGAGGCUACAGACCUGUUACUGGAUAUAAACACGGCUGGGAAUCAUGUAUCUGUAUCAGGGGACAGGAAAUCUGCUUCUUACUCUGAUACUGACCAUGGUCACCCACAAUCCCCAGAGAGAUUUCAGGAUUAUGCUCAGACUUUAAGCAGCAGGAGUUUCCCCUCAGGGCGACAUUACUGGGAAGUGGAGGUCAGUGAAUCAGGGAACUGCAGGGUAGGGGUGGCCUAUCCCAGUAUAGAGAGGAGAGGGGGUCAGUCCUGGAUAGGAGAAAAUAACAAGUCUUGGUGUUUGUGCAGACUGUUUAAUAAUAAUAUCUAUGCAGUGAUACAUAAUAGUGAAUGGGAAGAAUUAUCAUACAUUGCUUCCUGCAGGAGAAUCAGGAUCUCACUGGACUAUGAGGCCGGACGUCUGUCCUUUUAUGAGCUGAGUGAGCCAAUCAGACACUUACACACCUUCACUGCCACAUUCACUGAGCCCCUUCAUGCUGCAUUCUGGGUCUCUGGGUGUGAUUCCUCAAUGAGAAUCAUUAGUUAGGGCCGUAGCUGUGUGAAAUCAGCAAAGGAUGGAAGGACUUGUAAGGACCAUGUUUGUGUUGGGUUUUCACCCCUAGUAAUUACUGGGUAGUCAUUUUAAUAGAUAUAGAACAGCAUAUGAUAGAAUAGCAAUUCCAUUUCUGUCCCACCUUUAUGCAUGCUUUUUACACUUUUGAAAACAUUAGAGAAUUUGCCUUCAAUCCCUCCCUUCUGUCUAAAAUGAAAUAUUUACCCUCCCAGCCCUUAGUGCCCACCCUGUAUCUCUCUAUCUUGCCCCCUUCUUGUCUUACCCACCUCCUAUGCAUAUUCCAUAAACAUAUUCAGGAGCUGGGCGUGUCCCUCAAAUAAAUAACCAUUUUUUUAUA